GUGGGUCUGUCUUGUUCUUCUUUCGCCGACGGCGUCUGAAUGCUCUCUGUUAGCCGGUGGAACUCGAGCUAUAUAGCCGGAGCAUUCCCCCCUCAGGGAGGAAAGGAGGAGGAUUAUGAGCAGGCAGUGAUCAUCAUUCUAGCUUCUUCCAUAGCCAUCGCUCUAUGCACUCACCUUUCGUCCUUGCAACAGGAGAUCGUUGUCCCAAGCGCUCACCAGCCCGAUUGACAACGAUGUCCACGGAAAAGCUUCAAGUAGCCGUCGUCGGCCUAGGGCGGAUGGGUGCGCAUCACUCCCGGCUUCGACCACGGUAACAUGAGUGACAUGAGUAACAGAAUGCUGGCUAUAGGUAUGCGACACGCACGGCACUUCGCAACCCUCACCCCCAGAGCGCAUCUGGUGGCCGUCUGCUCGCCCGUGCAGGCCGAGCUGGACGCCGCGAAGAACGAGUUCGGCGGCCAUCUCCGCACCUAUCUCGACUAUGACCGGAUGCUGCAGCAUGAGCCGACGCUGCAGGCUGUUGUUGUUGCCAGCGUGGCCAGCGCACACGCCGAGCAGGCCGUCAAGGCCAUCGAGAGGGGGCUGCAUGUUCUCUGUGAGAAGCCGUUGAGUACGAGCUUGGAGGAGGCCGAAUGCGUCCUGGCAGCAUACAAAAAAUCCCUCCUGACGCGCCCCGGGCAGAAAGUCAUGUGUGGCUUCUCGCGGCGCUUCGACGCUUCAUACCGUGAUGCUCAUGCGAGAGUAGCCAGAGGCGAUAUUGGAGUCCCCUCGGUCUUCCGCUCGCAGACAUGCGACAAGCUCGAUCUGUCUACAUUCACGCCUGCUUACUCCGGCAUCUUCACGGAGAGCUCGGUGCACGAUAUCGACCUCACCCUGUGGUUCCUGGGGGAAGACAGCCGCGUCAAGAGCGUCUUCGCAGCCGGCAUUACGGCCAUCGAGCCGGCACUGCGAGAGCGCAACGAUCGGGAUAAUGGGAUAGGCAUUGUGGAAUUCUACAACGGCAAAAUCGCCCAGCUUCUCGUCUCCCGCAUGAUGGCCGCCGGACAAGAAGACACCACCGAAAUCAUCGGUACGCAGGGCAAGAUCGCCGUCAACGCAGCGCCGCAGCUGAACCUGGUGCACAUCCACGAUGCCACGGGGAUCCGGCGCGAGGUGCCGGCGGACUACUUUGGACGGUUCCGGGAGGCGUUUAUCACCGAGGCGAAUGAGUUCACGGCGAGUUGCUUGAACGAUACGCCGGCGCCGAUUAGGUUGGAUAGCACGGUGAAUGCGAUGAAGAUUGCGUGUGCGUUGCAGGAGAGUAUGGUGACGGGGCAGAAGGUCGAGUUCGAUGAGAGCGGACAGAGGGUUUCUUUGGCCAAGUUGUAGAUGCUGCCAGCAACGACGGGUUUCAUAGACUGUCAUUCCCCGCUGGUAUAGCCGGCGGGAAACGAAUAGACUUCCCCGUGGGGUAUCAAGGUCAGGAAGAUCAGGGAUCAUCGUGCAUGAUGGUGGAGUAGAGACUGGCUAGAC